AUGAACAAAGGAAAAGAGACAAACACAAAGAGGAAACAAAUGGACACUAGUGCCAAUUGGGAGGAGCUGGCUGAAAAUAGUAGAACCCUAGAAAACAUUCCAAAAAGAAGAUCUCUGGCACGGUCACCACCAACAACUAGACAGAAUAUAGAGAAAACUCCGGACCUGAGCAGACCAAAGCGCAAGAAGGCUUUAACCCCGGAACAGGGGGAACAGGUCAAAGCUUUGCUAACAGCUGCAGGUGAGCUAAUAAACAGGAAUUUGGCAACAGACACCGAGGAGGACGACAUAUAUGGCACCCCCAGCAACAAACUGAUGAAAUCGCACGCCUGGGCGAAACCAAAGCAACGGGAAAGCACAGUCUCAGAAGAUGUGUCGGAUACGGACACCGAAAAAACACAGGAGGAUACCAAAAGAGAAAAUAUCCAGAGGGCACUAGAGGCAAGAGAUGCCAUUAUUAAAGCAACAUCUCACACAUACGCAGGGGGGAAGAUAAUUUUCAACACCGAUGAACAGAAAAUAGUCAAGGAAAAUGUACAGGAGCUCACUGACCUGAUAUUAACGUGUAUGAGCAAGGAGAAAAUCCUAAAAACCGAGGGAAACAUUGAGAGAACCAUCAAAAUGCAAACAGUAGCAAUAAGCGAGAUGCGAAAUGAGAUACAGGCCCUUAAUAAAAUAGUUGAGGACGGCCAAAACCUCAGAGAAAGGACCACUCUAAAUCGAGCCUGGCAAGGGAAAGCUACGCAACUACAACAAAGGAAAAUCAAACAUACAACGGCGGAUUACCAGAUUGCGUACAUUAACGAUACAGACACGGAACAAACUCAGACCGAGAAACCCACUGAUACUGAAGGAGAAUUCCAAGCGGUAAGACCAAGGAAGAAAUUAAGAACCAAGGAGACAAGGGACAAAACAAGAACAUACGCUGAUGUGUCGAAACUAGGCUUACGAACCGAAAGCAAUCCUCAGAAACCAAAAGAGCCCUGGAAGACACCUGAAAAAAAGGAAAGAUACAUUACGCUGGUGGAAAUCCCGGAAGGGCAACAGGCCAAGAGCAUAAUACAAAAAAUAAAAGAAACCGCACAGGAAGUGGUGUCAGCCACCGGGGGAGUUAUUGGCAUGACCGAAACUAUGAGCAAUAAGAUUGCCAUAGUUUACCGUAACAAGGAACAACAAGAAAAGGUAGAACGAAAACUCGACACUAGCGCCGAAAUAAAAACUAAGAGCAUAUUAAGGCAAAACCCGAAAAUUAAACUUACAGGCGUAGCAAAAGGAUACUCGGACGAGGAACUCCUGAAAACCAUGUUAGACGAGAACCCCGAUAUUAAAUCAAAGGCUAAUAGUGAAACAGCAACCAAACUUAAUGCCACAACUGCAAUAAAUUUGGACAUGCGGCCAAGAAAUGUCGCGCUGCUGCUCAGUGCCACUUCUGCGGGCAGGCACACGAAAGAGGGCAAUGCAAGCGGGAAAACCCAGACUGCCCCAACUGCAAGGCGGCCGGUUAUGAUGCACAGGACAGAAAACACUCCGCAAGAGAUAGAAAUUGCCCGAUCUACAAAAGAAAGGAGAGGCAGCAUCAACAAACAAUGGUAG